UCCCUGGCAGGAAUUGACUUUAAGAUCAGAACAAUAGAAUUAGAUGGAAAGAAAAUCAAGCUACAAAUAUGGGAUACAGCAGGCCAGGAGAGAUUCCGCACAAUCACAACAGCUUACUACAGAGGAGCCAUGGGAAUUAUGCUGGUGUAUGACAUCACAAAUGAAAAGUCUUUUGACAACAUAAAAAACUGGAUAAGAAACAUAGAGGAGCAUGCCUCUUCAGAUGUAGAAAGAAUGAUCCUGGGUAACAAAUGUGAUAUGAAUGAAAAAAGACAAGUCUCAAAAGAAAAAGGGGAGAAGUUAGCAAUUGAUUAUGGAAUCAAAUUUUUGGAGACAAGUGCAAAAUCCAGCUUAAAUGUGGAAGAGGCAUUUUUCACACUUGCACGGGACAUUAUGACAAAGCUCAACAGAAAAAUGAAUGACAACAGUUCAUCAGGGGCAGGUGGGCCAGUAAAAAUAACAGAAAAUCGAUCUAAGAAGAGCAGCUUCUUUCGAUGCACGCUACUUUGAUGAACUUCUAAUGAUAGACUGCAGCACACUUAGAACCUUUUCUGCUUCUUUGAAAGCACAGGGUCACAAAGCCUCAGAAAUAAUACCACCAAGCUGCUGCUGAGAGCUCCAUUGAACGUAGACUGCGAUACACAAAAUACCAAGUGGAUUUUGCUCACUAAGCCUAUUGACCUGUCAGGCUUUUCUUUCUCAGAUAUGGAAGCUAUGAAGUGGAGACACAAAUGCAAGAGUUAACUUGUUUUCCUUUUUUACUUUCUGUUUUAUUGCCUGCUGCAAAAGCUGCUAUGUUUCUUUUAACUUUGCACAUCCAUAUUGGCCUCUUACUGCCUGUUACAGCACAAUCUUACAUUUGUAUUUGCACAGUUUGACUUGUAAGUAGGAUUCUUAACAGAUUUGUGCAGGUUUUUCUUUCUCUUUUUAAACAAAUUUCUUUUCAAGCAGAAGAGCCAGGGGAAAAAUUAAGUCUCCCGUCCAUUAUUUUCUAUGCUGUACCCUCGUGGCAUGGCUGCAGUAUGGCUGUUGACACUCUGGUGAUGAGAAUUACUAUAACAAUUGGCAUUUAACAAUUUGUAUGGGUUUUGUCUCUUAGAUGCACAAAUCUGUUCAUGCAGAAGCUAUGGCUUCUAUUCUGAAUGUAGUAUGUUGCUUUUCUUUCUUUACCAGACUUAGCAAAGUUGUGUUCUGAAUUGCCAGUCACUGUCUAAUUCACAGAUGCACCUUUCAGUUAUUUGAAUAAACACAGCGUCUUUCCUCA